AUGCCGUCGCUACUACUUCGACCUCAUGCCACUCUCUCCCACGCCGAAGCCCUCCAGGUCGCCCAGCAAGCUCCCGAGUUUUUACGCAAGAACCCCGCAUCAUACUCUGCAUCGCCAUUCUUUUCAUUAUUCUCCCCGCCUGAGAGCUCCAAUACGUGGACAAUAUACGAGAAUCUUCUACUGGCCUGCCUAAGAACCGGUGACAACACAACGGCACACCAAUGUCUCGAAAGACUGGUGGUCCGGUUCGGGGCUAGUGAUGAGCGUGUUACGGCGCUUCAGGGCUUAGUGAAGGAGGCCGAAGCAACAAACGAUAGCGACCUUGAAAAGGUGUUGAGGGAGUACGAGGAAAUCUUGGCCAAGGACAACACCAAUGUGCCAAUCUCAAAAGGGAGGAUUGCGCUGCUGCGUGCGAUGGGUAAAACAUCCGAGUCGAUUGAAGCUCUGGUGCAGUUCCUGGAUUUCUCAUCUACCGAUGCAGAGGCCUGGAUGGAACUGGCAGACUUGUAUCUUUCUCAAGGUCUAUACGCGCAAGCCAUCUAUGCUCAGGAGGAGGCACUCAUCAUAGCGCCAAAUGCAUGGAAUCUCCAUGCCCGCUUGGGUGAAGUGCUUUUGAUGGCUGCAGAGUCUGGGAAUGAGGGCAACCCUCAGAACUAUCUGGCAGAGAGCUUAAAACGCUUUUGCCGAAGCAUUGAACUCUCUGAUGAUUACCUACGAGGUUACUACGGACUAAAACGGGUCACCGAUAAGCUCCUCGAUGCAAACUCAAAGGGGAAGAAAUCACCAGAGUCUGAUGAGUUCACUCUGCCGGAAACAUCGACCAUUGAAAAGCUCAAUCAGGCUGCGACCAAGAAACUAGGCGAUAUCGUGCGGAAGUACGAUGCAAAGGAUCCUCUUUGGCAGGGAUAUGAUGCUGGAGAAGUGGCUGCCGCCCGUACUUAUCUUUCGGAAUCUUCACAAAAGGUUGUGCGAUGA